AUGGACUGGGCGCGGAGCCUGAGGGGCCGCCUGGCCGCCCGCAGCCUCCCCUCCCGGAGCGAGCAGGAGCUGAAGGAGGAGGAGAUGGAGCUGUUCACGCAGUACUACGCGCAGUGGAAGGGCGGCAGGGCCGGCGGCAACCCCUCCUACAGCAACAUCCCCCGCUUCUACUACAGGCUGCCAGCUGAAGAUGAAGUCUUGCUUCAGAAAUUAAGAGAAGAAUCUAGAGCUGUCUUCCUGCAAAGAAAAAGCAGAGAGCUGUUGGAUAAUGAAGAGCUGCAGAAUCUCUGGUUUCUACUGGACAAACAUCAGACAUCACCGAUGAUUGGGGAAGAAGCAAUGAUCAAUUAUGAGAACUUCUUGAAAGUUGGUGAAAAAGCUGGACCUAAAUGCAAGCAGUUCUUCACAGCCAAGAUCUUUGCUAAAUUACUCCAUAACGAUCCUUACGGAAGGAUAUCCAUCAUGCAGUUUUUCAAUUACGUCAUGCGAAAAGUGUGGCUUCAUCAGACAAGAAUUGGUCUCAGUUUAUAUGAUGUGGCAGGACAGGGUUACCUCAGAGAAUCGGAUUUAGAAAACUAUAUUUUGGAACUCAUCCCUACUUUGCCACAGCUGGAUGGCUUAGAAAAAUCUUUUUAUUCUUUUUAUGUCUGCACAGCAGUUAGAAAGUUCUUCUUCUUUCUGGAUCCUCUCAGAACAGGGAAGAUAAAGAUACAGGAUAUUUUAGCUUGCAGCUUCCUGGAUGACUUACUGGAGUUAAGGGAUGAAGAACUCUCUAAAGAAAGUCAGGAAACAAAUUGGUUUUCUGCUCCUUCUGCAUUAAGAGUUUAUGGACAGUACUUAAACCUUGAUAAAGAUCACAAUGGCAUGCUCAGCAAAGAAGAACUGUCCCGAUACGGAACAGGGACUCUAACCAACAUAUUUUUGGAUCGUGUUUUUCAGGAGUGCUUAACUUACGAUGGAGAAAUGGACUAUAAAACCUACCUGGACUUUGUACUUGCAUUAGAAAACAGAAAGGAGCCUGCAGCUCUGCAAUAUAUUUUCAAACUGCUUGAUAUAGAGAACAAAGGAUACCUGAAUGUCUUUUCCCUUAAUUAUUUCUUUAGGGCCAUUCAGGAACAAAUGAAAAUCCACGGACAAGAACCAGUUUCUUUUCAGGAUGUGAAGGAUGAAAUCUUUGAUAUGGUAAAGCCUAAGGAUCCUUACAAAAUCUCCCUUCAGGAUUUAAUCAAUAGCAGUCAAGGAGACACUGUUACCAGCAUUCUAAUUGAUCUGAAUGGGUUCUGGACAUACGAGAAUAGAGAGGUCCUUGUGGCAAGUGAUAAUGACAGCACUGCUGACGUUGAUGAUACGUGACUUUGAACAGGAGUAGACUGUAUCCAUUGAUAUCUCUAACUGAAGCAUUCAUUAACUGUUGGAAGCUGGAGACAUUCAUUAUUUGAAUCAAUGCCUCUUCCAUUUUACUCCUCCCCACCUUAUUCCCCCUCAAGCAUAUAAUAUAAAAUGUGGUACAGAGGAAUUGCAGAACUAAUUCCUGAAAACAAACCAGCAAGUCUCGUUUAAGAGGUAACUAUGAUCUGGUGUGUGUGUAGUGCUUUUUUUAAAUAAAUAUUUGUGGACUUUUUCCUUAAACACAAAGCCUUUUUUUAUUAUUUGAAUGCUCUAAUAUAGAAUUCUAAUAUAAAA